AUGUCUGUUCAACCGCCGAUCAAAAUCGGUCACUACUUGUUGGCCGAAACGCUGGGAAUCGGCUCUUUCGGCAAAGUUAAGACUGCGAGACAUCAGCUGACGGGCCAUAAGGUGGCGGUGAAAAUACUGAACCGUCAAAAGAUCAAGAACUUGGAUGUCGUCGGAAAGAUUCGCCGAGAGAUCCAAAACCUAAAGCUCUUCAGACAUCCGCAUAUCAUUAAACUGUAUCAAGUGAUCAGUACUCCGACCGAUAUAUUCAUGAUUAUGGAGUACGUGUCCGGCGGAGAGCUCUUCGACUAUAUUGUCAAACACGGAAAGCUCAAGGAGUCAGAGGCGCGCCGUUUCUUCCAACAGAUCAUUUCGGGAGUCGAUUACUGUCACAGACAUAUGGUGGUGCACAGAGAUCUCAAACCGGAGAAUCUGUUGUUAGACCAGAAUCUAUGCGUCAAAAUCGCUGACUUUGGUCUUUCCAAUAUGAUGAUGGACGGGGAGUUCCUUCGCACCAGUUGUGGAUCUCCUAAUUAUGCCGCCCCUGAGGUCUACAUCUCUCUCUCUCUCUCUCUCUUCUCUCUCCCU